UCUAGGGUCUAUCGGUAAGGACGUAAACACGAAAUAACAAGGGAGAGACUUUGAACUUGUUUAUCCUAACUGAAAAGGGUAAAUUGAAUAGUUAAUUGAAACAUCUUAUUAGACUAUGAGGAAUACAUCAACUGAGAUUCCGUGCGUAGCGGCGAGCGAUAGCGGAGGAAUUGUCUCAAACAGAUAAUUAAGAUGAUUGGACAUCUAGACUAAACCCCGAUAGACACCUAUAGAGAAAGUACCGUGAGGGAAAGACUCAGAAUUGGUUCUAAAAGUUACCUUUUGCAUAAUGGGCCUGCAAGACAAAAUUUGGCAAGCUUAAGUAUUAAUGAAGGCAUAGUGAAAGCAAGAGGAAAAAACUCGUAAGUCAAAUUUCCCGAAACCAAGUGAUCUAACCAUGGCCAGGUAGCUAUUUGCUGACCGAACCAGUGAUUGUGGCAAAAAUCUUGGAUGAGCUGUGGUUAGCGGUGAAAUACCAGUCGAACUUGGAUAUAGCUGGUUCUCUACGAAACUUAUCUUAGUAAGGCGCCCCAAGUUGAUUCGCCCCCAAACCCGGGGGCUUGAAUUACUGGUGCAGUAAGACUAUAGCGAUAAGGCUUCUAGUCAAAAGGGGUAAGCCCUAACCAGAAAUUAAAGUCACUAAUACAGAUUAAGUGUAUAAAGAGGGUUCAACUUAGACAAACAGGAAGUAGGCUUGGAAACAGCCAUCUGUACAGGAAAACGUAAAAGUUCACUGAAUGAGCUAGAAAACUCUAAAAUCAAGGCGGCUAAAUCUGUAACUAAAAUUCUGGAAGUCAGACCAUAAGGAAGCAACUGGCUUGGUAGUAGAGCGUUCUGUAAGCACGAUAUGUGCAUACUUCGUGAGACAAACAGAAGUGAUAAUGCAGGCAUGAGUAGUACAAGAUUCACUCCCAAAUAAAUCUAUAUACAGCUUCUAAGGGUAUUACGCCCGAUGAAUUAUAAUUCUUGUACUUGUUCAGGAAAAUAUUAUGGUACUUUGUACCUUCAACUGUUAUUAUGGGACUUAGAUCAAGGCAUAAUUUCUCUUAAGGAACUCGGCAAAAUAAGAUCUCGACUGUUUACCAAAAACAUAGCUCUCUGCUAAAGGUUACUGAAGUAUAGAGGGUGAAUUCUGCCCAAUGGUUGUAUAGUGAAACUAAGGACUAACGUCUAAAGCGAAACCCAACUGAAUGGCCGCGGUAACUCUGACCGUGAUAAUGUAGCACAAUAAAUAGCCAAUUAAUUGUUGGCGGGUAUGAAUGGAACCACGAGGGUCUUACUGUCUCAAGAGGAAAGCCGAUGAAAUUAUAGUUGUAGUGAAGAUACUACAUAAUCAUUGUAAGACGAAAAGACCCUAUCGAGCUUUACUGGAUACCAAUAACGUUGACUAAAAAUGAUCGAUACAAGUAUCCUAAUUUUGAGUUAGUAAUUUUGUUGGUAAGACAGUUUAGUUGGGGCGACUACCUUUGAAUAAGAAACGAAGGCGAGCUUAUUGGUAUAAAAGCUAAUCUCAUUAGCCUGACAGUGAGGGGGACACCCCUAGCUGGCACAAGGACAUAGUCCUAUGUGGGCGAUAAUGACCCGAUAUGAUAGUCCAAAAUAAAUAUCGAAAGCGGAUAAAAGCUACCGUAGGGAUAACAGCGUAAUAUUGUCGGAGAGUUCUUAUCGAGGACAAUGUUUGCGACCUCGAUGUUGAAUUGCGGUGCCCUGGUGCUGUAGAAGGUACCUUAGGUUGGUCUGUUCGACCAUGAAAACCGUACAUGAUUUGAGUUCAGAGCGUGGUGACACAGCUCGGUUUCUAUCUACAAUGAUCAAUCCCAACUUUUCUGAGUCCUAGUACGCAAGGAAUGGUCUCAGCGAUGCUCGACUAUAUUGGCCCCAUCGACGUAAUCAACUUCUGGCUGCUGCAAAGAAGGAAAACAAAAGGUUUAGGGAUUAACAAGGCAUAUGCCAUGUGGGUGCAUAGCCCCUGGCAUAUUAUGGAAUUAACACUAGGGCUCAUUAUACUAAUAGUGUUGACAUAUGGAUUAAAAGCCCCGACUUUAAGAUUAGCUAUACUACUUGCGGGGGUUGUGGGGGCUACUGAGUUAUUAACUGAGCCCCAUUUACUAUGUUGGACACAGGCUAUUAAAAUGUUGGUGAUGAUAAGUGGAUUAGCUAUACUAUGUAUGCUGGACCAUCAAACAUCGCAUCGAUCAAGCUCUUUAUUGAUUUUAUUAGUGAUCUUAGGUAAUUUAUUACUUAUAGGGUCAACAAAUUUAAUUUCUAUAUAUUUAGCAUUAGAGAUGCAAACAUUAUGUAUGUUUAUCUUAGUGGCUUAUAAUAAAAGCUCAUUGUUAUCGGCAGAAGCUGGACUUAAAUACUUUGUGUUAGGGGCACUAUCUUCGGGGUUGUUUCUGUUUGGUUGUGCUUUAAUUUAUGGCUCCACAGGAGAACUUGAACUUCAAUUUAUUCGUAUGAGUUUAGAAUCUUAUGGUGUAUUAGCUGGUAAGUGUCUUAUUACUAUCUCAUUGUUAUUUAAAGUGUCUGCAGCCCCAUUUCAUAUGUGGGCCCCCGAUGUAUACGAAGGAGCUCCAACUUGGGUAGCUGCGCUAUUAUCUAUUGUACCUAAAUUAGGAGUACUAGCUAUUAUAGUACAAAUAGGCUUAAAUGAAAUGGGGCUAUUAAUAGCUGGGUUAAUCUCUUUGAUUGUUGGAGCUAUAGGAGCUUUGAAUCAAACUCGAAUAAAAAGACUACUAGCUUAUAGCGGAAUAGGCCAUAUGGGGUUUGUGUUACUUGGAAUAGCUAUUGGGUCUAUAGAAAGUCUUCAGGCGAGUUUAAUGUAUAUAGGUGCUUACAUAAUAACUCAAGUAUUACUUUGGUCUGGAGUCCUAAUUAUAUCCCCUAAAAGAAACAUGCUUAUUGAAUUUAGUGGUGUUUCAAGAUUAAACCCAAUGUUAGCAUUAGCAUUAGCUACAGGUUUAUUGUCUACUGCAGGAAUUCCUCCUUUAAUUGGGUUUCUAACUAAAUGGUAUGUAAUUUUAGCAGCUGUUGGUCAAGGUUACUAUCUCAGUGCUUUACUAGCUUUAGUUUGUUCUGUGAUAGCUGGAGUUUAUUACAUUAGAUUAGUAAAAAUUAUGUUCUAUCAACCUUUGUCUACGCCUUUAGUAAUAACAAAUAUAUUAAAUUCUCCAUGUGGCAAUGUAACACCAGAGGAAACAAGUUUAGGCAAGGCAAUAUUAAUGGGGGGCAAGUUUAUAUUUAGUGUUAACAAUUAUAAUAUGUCCUAGUUUAUUCUUUCAAUUAGUACACUUGAUUAUCUUAGAUUUAUUCCCAUGUAUCUUCUAGUUAUAUUAAUACCAUUACU